AUGGGCCGCAACACUUUGAGCAUCUUCGCCGUCAUCAUCCUCUCGACCAUUGCCCUUACCUUCUACCUACUCAGCGCUUUAUACCCACCACUCCCCAUCCCCACUACCACCACCUCAUCCGGCAUUACCCUCUCCUCCCUCUACGCCCUCCAAACCCGCAUCUUCGACCAAACUCUCGCCCUCCGCCCCAUCGUCAACUCGACCCUCCUCAGCCCCACCAUCCGCGGUCGCGUCGACAUCACCCGCACCUUCACCGGCAUCGAGCUCAACACCGAGUACCUCUUCUCACUCUUCGCGCAGCUGAGCCGCACCCGCUCCUUCACACUCCUCGGCAUCCCGACCAGCUACACCGUCACGCACUUCGCCGGCUGGAUCCCCCCGUCCACCUCCCCUUCCCCCUCCAACUCCUCCACCCCCUCCUCCUCAGCCAUCGCCUCCUCCGCCAUCCUCAUGAACUUCACCUCGCCCACGCACUUCUGGAGCGGCGACGAUGCGAACGACGACGAAGCGAACGACACCUUCACGCUCGAAAUCCACGCAUGGACGCUCUUCGACGCAGCAGGCCGCGUGCAGCAGUACGACGCCACCUUCCGGCACUGGCCCGCCUUCAUCGCAUCGACGCUUUCGCGCGUCGCGCGGCGCCCGCGCUUCGCCGGCAACGUGUCGGCGGUCGUGGCGCACGCGACGGCCGAGCUGGCGGCCACGAUUUGCGCCGAGCACGAGGCGCACUGCACCACCGACAUCUCCACCACCGGUGAGGACGAGGGCCACGAUGGCGGCAGCGGCAGCGGCGGCAGCAACAACGAGACUAACAGCAACAGGAACGGCAGCAGAAGGAACAACAGGCAGUACUCUAGCGAGGAGGAAUGCGUGCGCUUCCUGACUCGCGAGGUGCGGUUCGGGGCGUCUCACGAGAUGGGCUUGGAUACGCUACUGUGCCGCAUGGUGCAUAGCCCGAUGGUGGCGCUGCGGCCGGAGGUGCAUUGUCCGCAUGUCGGGCCGACGGGGGGCGAUAUGUGUACGGACGCUUUGGACUAUGGGGAGCGCAUCGAUCAGGGGUUUUGGAUGGAGCCGUGGAUGCUGGAGGAACUGGACGUGGUGGAAAGGGGAGGGGGGUGA